AUGGAUGUUUGGGAGAAGAAUGAACUCGCCGCGCUUGCACACUGUUUAUGGGGGCAGCACGCAAUCCAGAAGAUUCUUGACUUUUCCUCUAGAUGGGGUCCAUCACCUCGUUGUCUUGUUCGAGCCUACAAAGACCCAUACGCAGUACAACAAGCUUCUGCAUCCAUCCAGCAUGCUGCACGAGCAUUUGUGGAAGAUUUCAAACGUGCCUCAUCGAGCCUGUUGGCUAGGUCUUCAUCUAUGCCCAGUGCUUAUUCUCCUGUGUUGUGGAUACGCCCCAAACCCGAAGCCGACUUGCCCCGAGGUGAAUAUAAAUCAUUCGUGCCUGCAGCCGCCGAGGACUCCGCAGAAAUGUGCAAAGCUGUACUUGCCAAGACCGCAACUGAACAAGUCACACUCUUCCAGCAGUUUUCUCGACAUGCUACUUCAUGUGAUGGGGGCACACCUUUUGCAUGGUAUACCGCGCCUACAGUGUCGCCUGGAAAUUUGACACCUAUCCCUCCUGAUCUUAUCAUCACUACCGCGGGAAGGCUCCAGUUUACUCGAGCACCAUUUUAUUAUCUUCCAUCGAUCGCAGACUAUCCUGGUAUUGAUGCUGCUCUUUGCACGAAUGAUGGCGUAUACGCAAUUCAAUCGACCCUCAGUUCGGAGCAUUCGUCGGCCGAAAAGGGACUGGUGAAGCUUGAAGGCGAGCUAUCCGCAGAGCAUAGGUGCGGGAAGAAGGCGUGGUUUCUCAUCAUUGCUCAUGAAAAUGCAGAAGGAGGAUAUGCGGCUGCAGAAGACCAUCGAAAGAAAUUAUCGGCCUCGUGGAAGAUCAUCAUGAUUGGAUACUUCGUUCCUGCUAGCCUGCGAGGGCUUUCUGUGGCGAGUUUUCCCAAGUAA